AUGUUGUACGAGCUAAUUGCCAUUGUUCGCCCGGGCAGCCUCAACGAGGUUCGAGAAAUCGCUCGUAAUGCCGGCGCCCAAGUGAUCCGCUCCGGCGGUGUUGUCCGAGGGUACACCAACUGGGGCGUUUUCCGCCUGCCUAAGGUCACCACCAAGCACCAGGCUCGAUACAGUGAAGGCCAUCAUUUCAUCAUGCGUUUCGAUUCCUCCGGUCCUGUUCAAACCUCCAUUCGCCGUACUCUCGGUCUCGACCCGCGUAUGAUCAACUUCUCGGUUGUCAAGCUAGGCGACAAACUCGAAGAGAUCAAGGAUAUCGAAGGCAAGGUCGAAUGGAACAACACUCGCAGCAUUACCGACACUUUCACAUCGCCUCCAUCAUCCUAA